GUCUGUCUAAUCUACAGACGGUAGCCGGCCAUAUAGCCACAGCGAAAACACAAACAUGUAACAUAAACCUCACAGAUUCGGGGAUUUUAGUUUUACACGUUUUAUAUUAAAUAAAAUAAUUUAAUGUAGCUUGAGAUUUAAACAUUUAAUUUAUGUUAUGCUUUGUAUUUUUACAGUAGGGUAACAUGAACGAUAAUAUUCGGGUUUGUAUGGUUUAAUAAAAUAAUGCUAUGGGUACUAGAACAAAAUCUGCAAUUACUAGAUUCCUGGCGAAAGAAACCCAUGAUUUAAUUAAGUAUGGGUACUUUGCUGUUUAUAAAAGGCCCGGUUUAACUUCUGCAGAAGAAUUAGAAGAAUUGAAAGAUGCAGUUUUUAAAGGGAUGGAAGGAGACAGGACUAUGAAUGAUCAAAGAUACUUGCUCAGAGCUGGUCAUGGGGGCAACUUGGACAGCAUGGCAACUGGCGUUUUAGCUGUUGCGCUUUGUGAUGGCUGCAAAGUACUACCGUAUCUGCUAGCAUCUAGUAAACGCAACACGGUCACACCGCUCAGAUGGGAGUAGCCACCGACACCUACAACAACAAAGGCAAAGUUAUCGCUGAAACAAGCUACGCCCAUGUGACUCGAACGAAACUCGAGCAGGCUCUUGCAGAGUUUGUGGGUGAGAUUUGGCAAAAGCCUCCCGCAUAUUCGGCCCUGAAAAUAGCCGGACAACGUGCUUCAGACAUUGUAAGGU